AUGCGACUACCAGUACCUCGAAAGGAAUUGCCAUUGCAAGAUACGAACACAUCGGAAAAGAAGUUAUGUGCUGGUUCCCCAUUCACUGUCCGUUGGGACACAUACGCUUUGAACAAUCCACGCUACACACAAGUUCAACACUAUGCGGCGAAACGUGUAAAUGUCCACAAUGGGCAACUUCAUGCUCUUUCAGCACAGGAUCAAGUACAACAAUAUCAGGACUGGAAAUGA